AUGUUGGCUGGGCCUAUAAGCCACACACCCAGGAGAAUUGCCACUCAAGCAAGCCUAAUGCCCACAAUUUGGAACUCUUCCACAUGGGGUCGCAAUCUUUCUGGAUCUCUUAACUGUGGGAACCUUAUAUACUUUUGCAGAGUGACCUGUGUAUAUCUUGCUUGUAAAAUUGAAGAGUUUUAUGUCACAAUCAAUGAUUUUGUUCAUAAUGUAAGAGGAGAUAAGAAGAAAGCUGCCGAGAUUAUUUUAAACAAUGAACUGCAGCUAACACAAGAAUUACAAUUUCAUCUCAUUAUUCAUCAACCAUUCCGCCCAGUAGAAGGCUUGCUCAUUGACAUUAAGACAAGGUUCCCACAGUUAAGAGAUCCAGAAAGAUUGCGACCCCAUGUGGAAGAGUUCCUUGAAAGGGUAAACUUAACUGAUGCGAUUAUUCUAUAUACUCCUGGUCAGGUAAGCCUGCUCUUGAAAUUUAAGUACUUUUAAAUGUGUUUGAUUAUUGUUUAUGUCAAGAAUCUAUUUGAAUAAAUAAAUUUGAAUAAAUGAAUGAAUAAAUGGAUUAUUUGUAUAUUACAUUUAACCCAUUGGAUCCAGGUGCCUUGCAGUGCAUGCACAAACCAAAUUGUGGGCAUUAGGCUUGCUUGAGUGGCAAUUCU